UUGGGUUUAAAAGGACAAGGGUUAAUUCAUUCAUGCUCGUGUCUCAUAGACUUUUACAAAUUUUUUUUUUAUUUUUUUUUGCAUUUUAAUUGAAAAAAUUCAGUGAUCUGAAUUUAAUUGAUAAUUACGUCAUGGGGUGAGAUGACCGAUUGAGGGAUUUUUUUAUAUGUUGAUUAAGAGGUAUGAAGAGGGUAUUUAAAACCAUGACGCAAAUUGCGGAGGGAGUUGUUGGGUUGUUGUAUUCUGAAUAUACCCAUAGAGUUAGUUUGUAGCCAAGCAACGGCGCAAUGACCACAGUUGAGAACGAAACACUGACUGUUACGGACGGUCUUGACCUUCCUUGAAUUAAAGGAGCUUUUUUUUUUUUUUUAUCCACCUUCCAAAAGUAUAGUAAUUAAAUUUUUUAAAAAUAAUAUUCAAAUAAAAAUAGAGACAUAUUUUAAUAAUUAAAAGAAUAUUGUUUUUUUAUAAAAUUAUUAAAACACCUGUGAUUGUAUUGAGUUAGUGAUUUGUGUCGGUGUGGGUUUUUUUUUGGUGAAAAAAUAUUUUAAAUAUUUUAAAUAAUUGGUGAAAUAUAAUAGUGUAAAUUUAAAUUGAAGAAAAAAAUUAUUUGCUUGAUAUUUAAUAGGAUAAAUAAUAGUGGUGAAAUUAAAUUGUGUGGAAAUUAAAUUUUUUUAAUCAAAAAAAAAAUCAGGAUGAUCUAGAAUCAAAGCAAACGUGAUGUUGGAUUUGAAAAAUUUUUUUCAAUUCGACGAAGAUAUAAGCUGAGCAAAUCCCAGUAACCCAUCAUAAUUUUUGUGAUUUAUUCUUCACUCAACAAUCAUCUAUCUAUUACAAGAAGAAAGUAAUUAAACAAUAUAAUUAUUUUUAAAAAAUCUAUGAUAAUGUCUAUGAGGAGAAUCGCCGUUUUGGCAGCAGUACAUUCAUCCCAACUGAAUAAUACACCUGGUUACAAUUCGACAAGUAAUAAUCAUGGAAAAACCAACAGAUACGAUAACGAAAUGCAUGAAAAUGUCAACGUGCUUCUUGGAGGUGCAAUGAUGAGUGGACUUAUAUUUAUGAUUGUAUUUAUUUGUUAUUGUUGUCAUCGUAAUGUUAAUAAACAACGACCACAUGAGUAUACAAAUUACUGGAGACCAGAACCAGAAAUUCAAAAUUUAGAAAUAUUUACAAUGGAUUCACAUGCAAUGGGAAGAUUUUUGGGUGCACCACAAUGUUGGGAACAAAAUGGUCCAGAUGAUUUACCAACAACAAUGUCAUUACCAUGUAUUGUCAACACUGGACCACCACCAUCAUAUGAAAGUUUAAUAUUUAAUAGUAAUAAAAAUAUGAAAAAAUUAAUUGAUAGAAAAGAAUCAUCAUCAGGUAAUGAUAGUACAGUAUGUACACUAUCAACAGUUGAUGACAAUGAAAAUUGUUGUCAACAAUUAAAUAAUUUAAAAAAAGAAGACGAUGAAGAACUUCCUUCUUAUGAAACAGCACUUAAACUUGAGGCAAAUGGUUACGUUUAAAAAUAUUAUUUGAUCAAUUUUUAUUACGUAAUUAUUUAAUUUUCGAAGAAUUGAUUUCGAUUAUUAUUUAUUUAUUUUUGUCGAAAUGUUGAUAGAAAAUAUUCGUAAUAUUUAAUUGAUCAAGUGCCUCGAAUUAAAAAUUAUAAUUUUCUUUUUUUUUUAAUAAUAAAACCAAAGUUGCCUGAAGAGUUUUUAAACUCUACAAAAAAAAAAACAUACCACAACCAAAAAUAUAUCAUAGUAAAUAUAAUAAAAAUAAAAAAAUAGUUGAAUUUUAUUUUUUACGUAUUUUAGAUUGUAAGAUUUUGUACAUAGUAAAAAAGAAAAUAAUUAUUUAAAUAAUUUAAUAUUUUUAAUCUUAGAUUGAAUAAUUAUGUUGUAUAGAAAAAUUGAAAGAAAAAAAAAAUUUAUUUGUAUUAUUAGGUUAUUUAAAUAAUGUCGUUUAUCAAGUAUGUCAACCUGUCGACAGGUUAAUUGUUAUAAAAAAAAAAAAUAAUAAGAAUUAAUCAAUUGUAAUUUUGUUUUGUGUUUAUAAUUUUUAAAAAUGUCAGGUAAAUUUUCAUUGAAAUUGAUAUAUUGUAUUUGAGUGAUUUUAAAAUUGAAUUUUGUUAUCAGUAAAUUUAUUUUUGGUUUCAUUGAAAGACAAGUGUGUGGAUUAUUCGAAAUUAAUUUUUUUCUUUGUUGAUUUUAUUUCAAUUAAUCUUAUCACAAAAUAAAUAAUAUUUCAAGUGUACAAACAAUGAUAAUGUAUUUUUGAUUUUUAAAUUUAAAAAACAUAUGUGUGUGUUUAUAUUAUUAUUAUUUUUUGUGAAAAAUAUGAGUGAUGAAUAAAAACAGAUAUUUAAUUGAAUGAAUAAAUUAUAGAUUGUUUGUUUAUUUAUUUAUUAUUUUGUGUUAUUUUUUAAUUUAUUUUUAGGCUUUAAUUUAAUUUAAAAAAACAAUUGUUUAUUUGAUAUUUAAUAGAAUAAAUAUUCACUUUCUAAAAGUAUAUUAAUUAAGUUUUUUAAAAAUAAUAUUCAAAAAAAAAUAGAGACAUAUUUUAAUAAUUAAAAGAAUAUUGUGUUUUUAUAAAAUUAUUAAAACACCUGUGACUGUAUUGAGUUAGUGAUUUGUGUCGGUGUGGGUUUUUUUUUGUGAAAAAAUAUUUUAAAUAUUUUAAAUAAUUGGUGAAAUAUAAUAGUGUAAAUUUAAAUUGAAGAAAAAAAUUAUUUGCUUGAUAUUUAAUAGGAUAAAUAAUAGUGGUGAAAUUAAAUUGUGUGGAAAUUAAAUUUUUUUAAUCAAAAAAAAAAAUCAGGAUGAUCUAGAAUCAAAGCAAACGUGAUGUUGGAUUUGAAAAAUUGUAAGAAAUUUUUAAUUAAAUAAUAACUAUUAAUUUAU